CCAAUUCAAUUGUGUAUUCCGUGUGGCUAGUAGAGAUUUGCGUUUGAAUUUAUUUGUUCGGUUGUGGAAAUCUAAUUUUUAUUCGCCAUGGACCCCAUGAACUCAACUUUCGACAAGCAGGAGUUCGACUGGGACGCCAUCAAUGUGGGCGACUACCAGUUGGAUCACUCGCAGAACUUUUUCGCUGCAGCCAACAAGGAGAACCACAGGCGCCUCAGCAAUGUUAAUGUCAACUACCUCCUGUCCUGUCCCACACCGCAGAAGAUCUGCCGGGAGCAGUUCGCAUCGGUGCCAGAGGAGCCCCAAAAAAGUCCCAAAUCGGAGCCCCAGGAGCCGAAGACAGAGAUCACAGCUGAUCACAGUCAGGAGCAGCAAAGCAACGACCUCUCGUCCUGUCCCUCGGAAUCCAAAGAGAAACUUGAAAUCGAGGCCCAGGAGCCAAGUACAGAGAUCCCAGUUGAUCACGCCCAGGACAACACCCUGGAGCAGCCCGAAGUGGUGCCGAUCAGUCCCAAAGAGGAGGCCAAGUCCCCAAAGGAACCUAAAGCGAUGCAGGAACCUGAGGUCCCAAUAGAUCAGGCUCAAGAGCAGCAGAGUGACCACAAACAAAUUAUUACCCUCAAAUGGGGCGAGGACGAGGAGGAGGAGGAGGAGGAGCAGCACAUGACAGAGGCCGACCAGCAUCUAGUCCACCAGGGCGCCCGUCCGCCCGGGGUAAGCGCCAAUCUGCGCCUCCAGUGGAGCCCCAAUAUCAAGCACGAGCACCACGAGGAGGCAGGCACCUCUGUCGCCCCCAAGGCCUACCAGUUCAAGGAUGUGUACGAAAGCAAGCGGCUGGCUGCGAUGCGCAGGCGCUCCGAGGAGGACAAGAAGGCACGCCAGUUCCACAGCCGACCCAUGCCCAACUUCAGGGCCAUGCACAAGCGCAUGGAAGAGCUGGUGGUCGUCCACAGGAUCACCGUGCCCCUGACGCCCGAGGUGGUCAAGCCCUGGCAGGGGCGGGUGCCCGAGAAUGUGGAUCAGGAGCGGCAGCGUCCGGCUGUCACCCGCUCAAAACCCUUCAACCUGCGCAGCGAGCAGCGCGUGCGCGACCGCCGCGAAUUCGACGCCGCCGUGCAAGUCGGCCAGGAGCAGAAGAAGAAGGAGCAAGACGAACAACGGAAGCGAUGCGAGCAGGAGGAGAUUAAGGAGAUACGCAAGAUGACCGUAUUCAAGGCGCGUCCGAAUCCAUUUAAAUAGUGCUCGAUGGAACCAGUCGACUACCAAACAUUUAAUCACCUUGUCCAAAUUUGUAUGAUGUAAAGUCGCUGCUACACAUUAACCGUGUCUACUACACCGGUUCAUAGUUUUACCACAUUAACACAGUUUUCGUCUCUAACAUUACUUUUACGCGUAUAUUUCGUUCCCUUUUUUGGCGGAUAAGAAACCACUAAAAUCGUAUGUUUGGCGGGAGGAUUAAACUAUAUGGAUAUGUAUACAAUAUAAGCAAUUUGCAAUUGCGAUCAUUAACUGUUUUCUAUUUGUACAAAGCCGAAAAAAAACAAUAAAUUAAUACUGUAAAUUAA